AUUCGUGCCGGAUUAGUUUAGUUUCCACUGAGAGGGGAGGAGCUUGUUGCUUUCCAUGGCGAUGAUAAAUAAUACCUUCUUCUUUCUCCCACACCAUUUCCACUUUGCCCAGUUUACAAAAUUGAUUCUUUUCUACUCUUCUUCUUAAACCCACGAAGAAUUCAUGGUUUCGUAAGCUCUUCGGAAAGCAAAAUCGAUGGCUCUGCAUUUGAGUUUGAGCUUGUCUCUGAUCUUCCGGAUUUGCGCUCUUUUGUUGCUGAUCAAUGUCUCAUUCUCUAAAACACUUAAACGAGACGUGAAAGCUUUGAAUGAGAUAAAGAGGUUAGUUGGGUGGAGAGUGGUGUACUCUUGGGUUGGAGAUGAUCCUUGCGGCGAUAAACAUUUGCCUCCGUGGUCUGGAGUCACUUGUUCCAAAGUUGACAAUUACCGUGUCGUCGUCAAGCUAGAAGUGUAUUCAAUGUCGAUAGUGGGGAAUCUCCCAACGGCUGUAACGAGGCUCUUAGAUCUCACUGUUCUAGAUCUGCACAACAACAAAUUGACAGGACCUAUUCCUCCAGAAAUUGGGCGCCUUAAGCGUCUUAAGACACUUUUGGCUGCUUGCUUUGUUUUGAUAUUGUUAGGGUGUAUUGUAAACAGGAAUUUGAGGUGGAAUAAACUUCAACAUGCCCUGCCUCCUGAAAUUGGUGGACUGAAGAGUCUUACAUAUCUGUACUUGAGCUUUAACAAUUUCAAAGGAGAAAUCCCCAAAGAGCUUUCAAACCUCCAUGAGCUCCAAGACCUGCAUUUUCAGGAGAAUCAUUUUACUGGGCGGAUCCCUGCGGAGUUGGGAUCGUUACAAAAACUUCGCCACUUGGAUGUUGGCAGCAAUAACUUAGUGGGGAGUAUAAGCGAUCUUUUAAGCAUAGAAGGAUGUUUUCCAGCUCUUAGAAACCUGUUUUUAAACAAUAAUUACUUCACUGGUGGAAUCCCAAACAAGCUUGCAAAUCUAACAAACCUGGAGAUGUUGUACUUAUCUUACAACAAAAUGACUGGAGCAAUACCUUCUGCACUAGCCAAUAUACCAGGACUAACUUACUUGCACUUGGACCACAAUCUAUUUAGUGGAAGCAUCCCUGAAGCCUUCUACAAGCAUCCAAACCUAAAAGAUAUGUACAUAGAAGGGAACGCAUUCAAAACAGAUGUUAAGGCUAUUGGUGCACAUAAGGUCCUCAAACUUUCUAAUAUAGAUAUCCUUGUUUAGUUAUGCAUGUUACAAGUCUGUUUCAAUUCAGAUAGUAUUUCGCAGUGUAAUAUGGUUCUUAUGAUUCAUUUUCUAUGCUACAGCAAUAAUAUUGUACUUGAUGUGUUU